ACUUCAAAUCCUUUCAAAAUAAAACUGGUAUCAUCAAAUGGGUGACACUUCUAUCCUUGCUCCUUCAGUCCAAGAAUUGGCAAAGCAAGGCAUUCAAGAAGUUCCAGAACAAUAUCUUCAACCAAAUCAAGACCCUGUUCUUGUAUCUAAUAUAACCUCUUUAACACAACUUCCAAUUAUCAACUUUGAUAAAUUAUUAUGUGAAGAUGAUAAUGAGUUUGAGAAACUAGACAAAGCUUGUAAGGAAUGGGGUUUCUUCCAGCUAAUCAAUCAUGGAGUUGACUCUUCACUAGUAGAAAGUGUGAAAAUUGGUGUUCAACAAUUCUUCAACCUUCCAAUGGAAGAGAAAAAAAAGUUUUGGCAAACAGAAGAAGAAUUGCAAGGGUUUGGACAAGUGUAUGUUUCAUUAGAGGAACAAAAGCUAAGAUGGGGAGAUAUGUUUUACAUUAAAACUUUCCCAUUGCACAUAAGGCUUCCUCAUCUACUUCCUUGUAUGCCACAACCAUUCAGGGACAAUUUUGAGAACUAUUCUCUAGAAAUGAAAAAACUAUGUUUCACAAUCAUUAAGUUUAUGACAAAAGCUUUAAAGAUCCAAGAACCAAGUGAAUUGGUAGAUUUCUUUGAAGAGGGAGAUCAAUCAAUAAGGUUCAAUUACUACCCUCCAUGUCCUCAACCAGAUCAAGUCAUUGGACUUAAUCCACAUUCUGAUGCUAGUGGCCUUACCAUCCUUCUCCAAGUCAAUGAAAUGCAAGGCCUUCAAAUUAAAAAAGAUGGAUUGUGGGUUCCUAUCAAUCCCCUCCCUAAUGCUUUUGUAGUCAAUGUUGGAGAUCUGUUAGAGAUAAUGACCAAUGGAAUUUAUCGGAGUAUUGAACAUCGAGCAACAACCAAUUCAAAGAAGGAGAGGAUCUCUGUAGCUGCAUUUCACAAUAUUCAAAUGGGCCGAGAUCUAGGUCCGGCGCCUAGUCUUGUUACUCCUGAAAAUCCUGCAUUGUACAAAACAAUUACUCUUGAAGAAUACGUCGAAGGAUACCUUGCAAGCAAGAUAAAGGGGAAAUCAUACUUGGAUGUUGUUAGGAUAAAAAAAGAGAGUCAUGAAUAAUUUCGGUUCAAUAUAUAACUUUAAAUUUGCUUUUAUUUCCUAUAUGUGAGAAGAGGACUUUGUCUUUUGGUCCUAAGUAAGAGAUUUUGUUUGGUUGUCAUCACUUUGAAAUUUGAAAUAAUUGCGUUUGAUCCCUCUAUAGCUAGUGAAUUUCACUUAUAUCACUAGUGUUUGGAGGUUAAUUGUGAAUUGAGUACCUGAGAUUUUCAGGAAAUAAUAAAUCCUUUUAAUGAUUUAUAUGAUAAAAAUGCCAUUUAAGUUGUGGCUUACGAU